GGAGCUUUUGGCAACAUGUAGCUACAGUGCCUCAGUUCCCUUCUCCCGGCUCCAGAACGGGCUGCGAUACGAUCAGAUUUUGACCCGAGUUUUGCACCCCAUUUCUUCUUGUGGAUGGUAUUACCCGGAAAACAAAUGGUUGCCCUCUCACGGGGACCAGAGCUGAGAAUGAGGUGGACUCGUUUACCGCAUCUUCGGCGCGCCAGGGAAAUGCACUGAGGACCGAGUAGGAGAGAGAGAGAGAGAGAGACAGCACUCGUUUUCUUGAGGACGCCCGACAUCCAAGGAGAAGCCAUGAGGUCGCAGCAGAGGAGCCCGGGAUCGGGGGCCGUGCUGGGCUUGGUCGCCUGCGUUUGUGCCUUUUACGCAACGACAGCCUUCGACAUCCCGCUGGAGGUUGAGCAGCUGCCCACCAUCACGGCGCAGUCGCCCAGCUCCCUCAUCGCCUUCCCGUUUGACGAAAGCUUCCCCAUGACGUGCGAAGCCAAAGGGAACCCCGAGCCAAAAUACCGGUGGACGAAGAAUGGCCAGGAAUUCGACCCCUCUCUAGACCCCCGGCUGAUGAAAGAGGAGAAUUCUGGGACCUUUGUGAUACCCAAUAAUGGGAACCUCACAGAGUACCAGGGAACCUAUCGCUGUUACGCCUCAAACAAGCUGGGGACCGCCAUAUCGAAGGAGAUUGAGUUCAUUGUGCCCCAUGUUCCGAAGUUUCCGAAAGAAACACUUGAGCCCAUCGUGGUGGAGGAAGGCCAGCCGUUUGUGUUACAGUGUAAUCCACCUCGAGGAAUACCUCCCCUCCAGAUCUACUGGAUGACUAUCAACCUGCAGCACAUCGAGCAGGACGAGAGGGUCUCCAUGGGCCUCAACGGAGACCUGUACUUCUCUCACGCCGUGGACAAGGACAGCCGGAGGGACUACUGCUGCUUCGCCGCCUUCCCCAGGAUACGCACCAUCGUUCAGAAGACCGCCAUGUCCGUCGUGGUGAAGACGAAAAACAGCGGCGCGAGUCCCGACACCGCGAAUGCGAUCCUCGAGAGAAGACCCUCUCUUCUGGUGCCCCCUGGUGGCAAUUCAGAGACACGGCUGAUCAAAGGAGAGGACCUGAAAUGGGAAUGUAUUGCCGAAGGAUUUCCAACUCCGCAGGUGGAGUGGGUGAAGCUGGGUCGUCAGCUCCCCGUCAAAGCCAAACUGGAGAAUCACGGAAAGCUGCUGAUUGUGCCGAGGGUGGACCAGGAGGACGACGGGAAGUACAUGUGCAAGGCGAAGAACGCGCUGGGAGAAGUCCUCCACUACUUCACGCUGAUGGUGGAAGAGCCUCCGGAGUGGGUGGCAGAGCCCGAGAGUCAGCUCCGUAUGAUCGGCUCCGACGUGCUCAUCAAGUGCUCCGCCGACGGGACCCCCCGGCCCACGAUGACGUGGCGGGUGAACGGCGAACCUCUGCAGGGGGCCCCUGCAGCCAACAGGAAGGUGCUUGACGACACCAUCGUGCUGCACAACGCCAAAGCGUCCGACAGCGCCGUCUAUCAGUGCGAGGCCUCCAACAAGCACGGCACCCUCCUGUCGAACGCCAACAUCAUGAUCAUGAAUUUGGCCCCCAUGAUUCUCACCGAGGAGGGGAAGGACUACUACGCGGUGCAGGGGAAGGGAGCGAUGAUGCACUGCUCGGUCUUCAGCUCUCCGCCUUCCACCAUCACCUGGAGCAAAGUCGACUCCCCCGAAUCCGUGGAGGGGCCGAGGUUCGCCGUGCACGACAACGGCUCGCUGGAGAUCGACGGCGCCGAGAAGGACGACGCGGGUCAGUUCACGUGCGUGGCCAAAAACACCGAGGGCUCGUCCGCCGUCGACGCCACGCUCUACGUGAAAGAUCCCACCAGAGUGGUGGCGGCGCAGGAGGACCAGCAGAUCCUCAAAGGUGCCGCGGCCCAGCUCUCGUGCCUCGUGGACUACGACAAGUCCUUCAGCGACGACUUUGAGCUCCGGUGGGAAAAAGACGACGUGGCGAUAGGCCUCAACCACACGGAGAAUCCCAGACACAUUGUGCAGGACGGUUUCCUGCAGAUCCUCAACGUGAGCCACGGGGACCAGGGCGUGUACACGUGCGUGGCGAUAACCCCGGUGGACCGCGACGCGGCCUCGACGCUGCUCAUGGUGCUGGAUGUCCCCGAUGCACCCGAGUACUUGGUACUGUCGGAGCACAAGAGCAAAAGUGUGAAACUGAAAUGGAUCCCUGGGGACGACCACAACAGCUCCACCACAGAGUUCAUCGUCGAGUACGAGGAGAGCCAGUGGGAGCCGGGGAACUGGAGGGAGCUGCUCCGCGUGCCGGGCGACCGCAACCAGGCUGUGCCCAAACUCCACGGCCACGUGGACUACCGCUUCCGCGUGUCCGCCGUCAACGCCGUGGGGAGGGGUCGCCCCAGCGAGCACACGGAGAGAUACAAACCCCCGGCGGCAGCCCCUGACAAGAACCCAGAAAAUAUAAGAAUCGAAGGUCAUUUUCCACAUGAAAUGAAUAUCAACUGGGAGCCCUUGCUGCCCAUUGAGCGCAAUGGGCCCGGUUUGGAGUACAAGGUGAGCUACAGGAGGCAGGACGUGGAGGACGACGCCUGGAAGGAGGAGGUGGUGGAGAGACACUCGUUCGUGGUGAAGAACACGCCGACCUUUGUGCCGUACGAGAUUAAGAUCCAAGCCAGGAACAACGAGGGCUGGGGCCCCAAGCCGAUGAUAGUGAGGGGCUACUCUGGGGAGGACUUCCCCUCCGCUGCGCCCGACAACGUCGCCGUGAAGGUGGUGAACAGCUCCGUGGUCAACGUCAACUGGACGCGCGUUCACGAGGACAAGUUACACGGACGCCUGGGCGGCUACAGGGUGAACUGGUGGCGCCUGCGCAGUCUGACGAACUCGAAGAGAAUCCGCGGGGACGGGCACACGCUGGCGUUCCCCGGGGACCGCGGCCACGGCACGGUGCCGGGGCUGAUGCCCUUCUCCGAGUACAGCCUCGUCGUCAUGACCUUCAACGGGCGGGGCGACGGCCCCGGCAGCCACCCCCUCGAGUUCAAAACCCCGCAGGGAGCCCCUGAGAGAAAUCCGGUUUUCAGGGUCACGGAUGUCCAGAGGCACACCGUCUCUCUGCUGUGGGCCCCGCCAUCGGAGCCCAAUGGGAUUCUCACCGGGUACCUCCUCGAGUAUCAGCUCAUCAACGACACGGAGGACGUGGGGCCGCUGCAGCCGGUGGACAUCAGCAACCCCAACACCACCAAGUGGACCCUGCGCGACCUGGAGCCCCUGAGCCAAUACAAGCUCUACCUGCGCUCCUGCACCGUCGUGGGCUGCGGGCCCGCCGUCAGCGAGGAGUGCACCACCACCCUCGAAACAAGUCUGGCGAGCGUCCACCGAGGAGUGUCCACCCAGGGCUGGUUCAUCGGCCUGAUGUGCGCCAUCGCUCUCCUCACUCUCAUUGUGCUGAUCGCCUGCUUUGUCAACAGAAAUAAAGGGGGGAAGUAUUCCGUGAAAGAAAAAGAGGACCUUCACCCAGACGUGGAGUCCCAGGGCAUGAAUGACGACACAUUUUGUGAAUACAGCGACAACGACGAGAAGCCGCUGAAGGGCAGCCAGCGCUCGCUGAGCCGACAGAUCAAAGCCGGCGGCAGCGAGGACAGCCUGGUGGACUACGGCGACGAGGACGCCCAGUUCAACGAGGACGGCUCCUUCAUCGGCGAGUACGCGGGCCGGAAGGAGAGGAAGAGGGCGUCCGCCGAGAUCAAGGCCUCCGUUCAGACGCCGGCGUGAGGAGCGCGCGGCCGCCGACCCACCCACCCACCCAUCGUCUCCCGGGCAACGGCGAACAAAUGAAAGUAAAAAAAACGGACGCGAUCCACACCGAGCACACGCGCUCGGUGUCGACUAACGCGUCACCGCCGACCGCCACCCUCGCCGUGUACCGCUCUUGUUUCUGCCGAGUCGCAACCGGACGACCGUUUACUAAAUGCCGUGUAUAUAUAGUGUGUAUAUUGUAUGUGCGAAGUGUCUUUUUAAUAAUUAUUAUUACACACACAAAAAGGUGGAGAGGGCUUGGAUUCUCUGUUCUCGCCCCUUUUCUUUUCUUCUUCCGUCUCCAUUCCGUCAGCCGCGGUGCUGUUUGUACAGACGCUAGGAACAUUUCACUCUCCGCUGCACAUCAUUAUACGCAGCUUCGCCUCUCCGAUAAGUGGGAAUAUCAAGUUGCUUUUUUUUUUUUUUUUCUCCCCAAUCGCAGCUGGCUAUUACUGCCCUUUUUUUAUAUUUGAAAUGGAUUCAUUAAAUAUGAUGGAAUAUGUAUAUUGAAAUGGAAGCGUAUUAACUUAUUUCUAUCCGGUGGUUUUUGUACUUGACGACAAAAUAACUGGGAAAUUUACAUAUCGCAAACAGCGAGUCGUCAAUCUCCCUGUGAUGCGAGAAGAAAAGUGAAGAGUAGCUACGAUGUCUCUUGCGUCGCAUCGAGAUGCAUUCAGGGCCCCAGUCUGGGUUUACGAUGAACAGCGCCGCACACUGCCACACCGGACACGAAGGUAUUCAGAGAAUCUAAACCAAUUAUACGCUAUUAUUUAUCUGAUUAUUGAAAGAUUGUUGUGUAAUCCAAUCGAUCACUUUUAUAUCCGAAUUUGUAUUAUAGAGCACCACUGCAGUUGAAUCCGGUUUACAGUCGCUCUGGAAACACAGUUGCGUCCAAGAAGUCGCCUCACACUGUAAGAGUUGGGAGGAAUAGAGGGAACGGGCAUAUUCGCUUCUUCUACAUAUGAAGUUACGGCUAGCAGCCGGUUAGCUUAUCUGAGCAUAAAGACCGGAAGCGGCCAAAAUACGGCUAGAAAUUGAUAAGCAUGAGAAUGUUUCCUACAGCGUCAAACUAUUCUUCUAAAGCAGUUCUCCGGGGGAUUUAGUAUUAUGCUCCAAUAAUGUUGUAGUUUUUUUCUAAAUGAGUGGAAGCGACCCCUAGUUUGGGAAGUCGAGCUCCAAAAAUACAAACUCCGACAUUUCCCAUGAUUCAUCUCGUCGUUCCAAUCCACGCAACCCCAGUUUUGUAAUAGUCUCAAAGUCUAAAUUGGGAUAACCCCGGUGACAUCACUGUGACAUCAUCGUCAGUCUUCUUGAGCCACGGAACAAUUAACCAAGUGUAUUUUGCCCACUGAACAUUUCUCCAUAUGAUCGAUACUCAGAUGUGCUCCUGUGAACCGGUGGACUGCCCCUUUAAGAAGAAACGAGCACAGCGCCUGUCAUGGGACUUUUUGUUGUUUGUUUGUUGGAAGCAAUCAGAUUCCUGUAAUCUGGUUAACGCUGAGAUGAAAUAGACUGUAGUCGGCGUUAUGUCAGUCUUAACAAGCCUUACUCUCUUACUUUGAAUAUUCUGUCAUUUCAAACACACAAUCACUCUGUCGCGCUGCAUUAACAUUAGCACCAUGAAGAAGAAAAAAAGUGCAAUGUUUUGUAAAUAAUUCAGCCAUUGCAUGUUAAGAAUGUUGAUUGGUGGUUGUAUGUUUUUUUUCUUUUCUUUUUCUCGAUGUCAUUAAAAUUGCUUUUACUUUCUUA